CUCUUCUCUUAUCUACACAGAGACAACGACCUCCCCAGCGGACUAGGCGGAGGGAACACAGUGCCAGCACCAGCCCCAGGAACGAAUCCUCGAGUAUGACCUAUACUUAAGUUAUGGAGUCACUCCACUUCCCUACGUCUCUGGUCAACCUCACCAUCCUCGAGCAUUCACAAUAAACAAAUCGGCAUCACGCUGCACUCAAAGCAAAACACCACAUCAUGUUCGACAUGGCAGAGCCUGUCGAAGCAAUGACCGCCAGCAAGACCGCCCAUCCCAACGAGGGAAGUGUCUCUAGCGUGUCAGGGGACGGCGCUGCACCACAGCCUACAGAAGGGACGAUGCACAAGCGAUUCACCUUUCUCUCUCUCUGGGCUUUCUUUCUGGCUGGCACGGCAGGCUGGGAAGCAAUUGCCGCUUCAUUAUUCCAGGUGGUCAUUGGUGGAGGGCCCCCAGCUUUGGUCUGGGGCUUUGUCCUGAAUGCCGUCGCCGCAGUGUGUAUCGCGUCCUCCAUGGCCGAGUUCGCCAGCAUAUGGCCCACUGCAGCAGGACAAUACCACUGGGUGGUGGCAAUGGCGCCCAAGGAGUGGAAGACCGUGAUGGGUUGGUUCAGUGCCUGGGUGCUUUUAUUGAUGAAUAUCUUGUCAUCCCUGAGUGCUCUUUUCGCUGGGGCACUGUCGCUGCAAGCCUGCGUCAGUCUCGCCCACGAGAGCUACACUCCUCAACGGUGGCAGACCUACAUGAUCAUUCUGGCGAUUAUUGCAUUUGCACUCACAAUCAACGUCUUCAUACCCCGCGCUCUGCACCAUCUUUCACUUCUUGGCACCGUCACCCACGUUUGCGGCUUUUUCAUCGUGAUCAUCAUCCUGCUAGCCACUACCGACCACAAGAACUCUGCCAGGACUGUCUUUGUCGAUCUGGAGAACUUUACUGGGUGGCCGACGAAUGCCGCUGCAUUCUUGAUCGGUGUCCUUCCAACUUCCGCAGGAUUCUCGACUCUGGAUAUGCCGGUUCGAUAUUCCGAGGAAACCUCCAAGCCGCAAACAGAUGUCUCUCGAGCCCUGUUCUGGGGUGUCUUGGCCUCAGCGACAAUUGGACUGCCCUUUGUCCUUGUGCUGGCGUUCUGCAUGGGGGAUCCGGAAGAGCUGCUCCAGGGCAGCGUCGUCCACUUGAGUCCGCUCGCACAGAUCAUCUACAAUUCGACCCACGGGAACAUCCACGCCGCCAACGGUAUUGCCUGUCUCAUCGUCAUAGUCGCCAUAAUCUCCGCGACCGACUGCAUGGGUGGCCUCAGUCGAAUCAUCAUGGCUCAGUCGCGAGAUGGAGCUUUCCCAUUCGGCCAUGCCCUUGAGAAGAUCAGCCCCCGUUGGAACACUCCUGUGGGAGCUAUCAUGACGGCCGCAACGAUCCAAGCUAUGCUCGCAGUCAUCUACAUCGGCAACAGCACCGCCUUCUUUGGCUUUUUGAGUGGCGUCUUCACCCUUCAGGUCUUGAGCUACGGGACUCCAAUCUUCCUCCACCUCAUCCGUCGUAAGACGCUGAACCUCACCUACGGACCUUGGAGGCUGCCUUAUCGUUGGGGCUGGAUCGUCAAUGUUCUCGGUCUGACACUAUACGGCCUCCUCUUCGUGGCCGUGUCGCUGCCAACCAGCAUCCCGGUGACCGCGGAAAACAUGAACUAUGCCUCACCUAUUGCCGGAAUGGUGCUGAUUUUGUCGGCAAUCCUAUGGUUUGCCUGGGGCCGCCGCGUAUAUGAUGGACCGCGGAUUUCUCUCGAAGUGCUUGUGGGUUCCGGUGCUGUUGUUCAUCAAACUGACAACGCCAGCCCGAUCAAAGCCGUCUGACGGCAACUGACGUCUUUUUGCCAAGGGUGACGUUGCUCUUCUAAUGUGACUAUGGAUUGUGACAACAACAACAAUAACAGCAACAACAAGGGGGGUGGGGGCUUGUGUCUAAUUACAGUCAUGUAGCAGUGAGGUGAUGUAGCUUCUAUUUCAGUUACCAGAAAGAAAU